AUGCCGCGAGGAAGUGGAUUUGUACACCUUAACACCCCAGCUGCGAUUUCGUAUUCGCCCGGUGAGCAAGUCUCCAUUUCCGAGCUCCGCCACGCACGUCGACGGGAGGAUUGUGUCGUGCUGCCUCACACCGUCGGAGUUUGGCGGGCAGCGUUUCGAAGUUACGUGAGGGCUGAGGGGUUGUCUCAGUUUGUUGGGGACAUUGAGGCGGAGAGGGAGGGUGAGGGGCCAAUUCUACCUCCGUUGAGGGCGCCACCCCCGGUCUUGGCGUUGAAGCGUCAGACGCCGCAAGAGCGUGUGCCCCAGCAGAGGGUAGUGACUCACGAUGGGGGAGCCGAUGCUGCUGGGCUGCGUUCCUCGUCUGCGAAGGGCAUCAUGAUCGUGUCACGGCAUAAACUUACUGGCGAGCAACGUUUUGUGUAUCCUGACCACGACGGUGUGCUUUCCUCCGGGAUUGUGCCACAGGUUGUCAUCUCUGAAGAAGAAAAAACAGAGCUUGAGGCCGAUCAAAAACAUUACGUUUCACCGCAGGACCUCCCAGAGGAGGAACGUGCGGCGCUGGAGGAGCUGCAGAGUUUGUGGAAGAGCCGCGCCAACAGUCGUAGCGAACAGGGGGCGAGACACCGCGCGGCUGUUGGCACUGCCAUGCCUGACUUGAGCCUUGUUGAAGAAGUCGAGGGGCAUGAAGAUGACAGGCACGCCAAGCGGACCCGACCGGAGUCACGCACGCACAAGACCGAUGCAACUGUAAGCUCAGAGUGUAAUACAGGUGACAUGCUAGACGACGCCUUGCGCUUGGCCGGGGAGAUAUUAAGUCUUAGCUAA